AAGACUGACAUCUAUUCCAUCAAUCGAGACCAAACGAAAUAAGCAAAGUACAGCCGCUACCAGAAAAUCAACCAUCCCGGAACUGGUCCGCCGGGCAGCGCAGAGAAGAGAGAGAGAGAGAGAGAGAGGGAGAGAUAUUACGGUGCUGGUACAGAGAGAAGAAAGGAGGACGAAGGAGAAUCAGGAUAGGAUUGACGAUGCAUUUCUUAAAUGCGGUGAUGUUGACUCGAAUGCUCACUCGGAAUCCGGCUCUUGAAUCGGAAGCCGGCGAAAUUCCAUUCGGAUCGUUGUUGUGGAUCAUCUACGCCGGGAUCUCUUGUGUCCUUGUUCUAUUCGCUGGUAUCAUGUCUGGUUUGACCCUUGGCCUUAUGUCUCUCGGCCUCGUCGACCUCGAAAUUCUUCAACGCAGUGGCACCACCGAGGAGAAGAAACAAGCUGCGGCUAUACUACCAGUGGUUCAAAAGCAGCACCAGCUUCUUGUUACGUUGCUAUUAUGUAAUGCCGUUGCAAUGGAGGCACUUCCUAUAUACUUGGAUAAACUUUUUAAUCAGUAUCUUGCUAUUAUUCUCUCUGUGACAUUUGUAUUGGCAUUUGGAGAGGUUAUACCACAAGCGAUAUGCACCCGGUAUGGACUUGCUGUCGGUGCCAAUUUCGUGUGUCUUGUACGAGUUUUGAUGGUUAUUUGCUACCCAAUUGCAUAUCCCAUCGGGAAGGUUCUUGAUUGCUUGCUGGGGCACAAUGAGGCAUUGUUUAGGCGUGCUCAAUUGAAAGCUCUUGUCUCCAUCCAUAGUCUGGAGGCGGGAAAGGGUGGUGAACUCACCCAUGAUGAAACAACAAUCAUUAGUGGAGCUCUAGAUUUGACUGAAAAGACAGCUGAGGAGGCUAUGACACCUAUUGAAUCAACUUUUUCCUUGGACGUAAAUUCAAAAUUGGACUGGGAAGCAAUGGGAAAAAUUCUUGCUCGUGGUCAUAGUCGAGUUCCUGUCUACGCUGGGAAUCCAAAGAAUAUUAUAGGGCUUCUCCUGGUGAAAAGCCUUUUAACAGUGCGACCUGAAACAGAGACCCCAGUCAGUGCCGUUUCUAUUCGGAGGAUUCCCAGGGUUCCUUCCGACAUGCCUCUUUAUGAUAUAUUGAACGAAUUUCAGAAAGGGAGUAGUCACAUGGCUGCUGUUGUGAAGGUAAAAGGGAAAAACAAGGCUCUUCCUCCUACAUUGGUUGGAGAAGAAUCUGAGGAAAAUAAACUCUCAGGCAUGGAUUCCCAACUGACAACUCCUUUACUACGUAAGCACGAUGAGAAUUCAGAUAGUGUUGUCCUCGAUAUCGAUAGAACUUCCAAGACUUCUGGUAUGAGUAGGCAACCUUCUUACCGACGCAAUGAUGCUUCUUCUAUAAAUGGGUUGAGCCAUUUAUCAGAGGACAUAGAAGAUGGUGAAGUAAUUGGUAUCAUCACCCUUGAAGAUGUAUUUGAAGAACUUUUGCAGGAGGAGAUUGUUGACGAAACAGAUGAGUAUGUUGAUGUUCACAAAAGAAUUCGUGUUGCUGCAGCUGCGGCUGCUUCCUCUAUGGCAAGAGCUCCAUCAAUUAGGAGAUUAACCGCUCAGAAGGGAGCUCAAACUAAACAGGUCCAAACAUCGAAGAAGUCUACCGAGGAGGAAUCAAAUCCUGCAAAAUCUCCAGGAACCAAGUCUUGAAAGUGUUGGAACAGUCAAAAAGUUGAGAGCCAAGUUCCAAAUUUCAGGCCACAACACUUUCUUCCAUGCCAAUAAAUGUGCAGGUAAACUAAAUGCUAAAACUUAAGGCCUUCAUUGUAUGUAUAAUUUCAAAAUUUUAGACCAUUUAUUAAAAACUGACACUGUUAUAUCUUGGGAUCCCCAAAUUUUGACCCCGC